CCAGAGCAACGACGUCGUUUCUUUCUUUUUUUUUUUUUUUAAUGUUGGUUAUGGUACAACAUAGGCUAUAAAAGGGGCUCAAAUUGCUGAGAGAUGUUUUGUCUUGGAUUGCUUGAUUUUCGCAGCAGCUGUUGACAAAUGAGAAAUUCGGUGAAUCGACCUCCAACACCGGAUGCAGCGGAGGAUCUAGGGAAAGAGCCUAUGUUCCAAGAAAUUAUCAACAUUAAGUUAAUUGAGAGUGGAGAAAAGGAGCGAUUGAUGGAACUUUUGAGGGAAAGGCUUAUAGAAUGUGGCUGGAAAGAUGAAAUGAAAGCUCUUUGCAGGGCAUUUAUAAAGAAGAAAGGGAGGAACGAUGUUACUGUGGAUGACCUUGUACGUGUAAUAACCCCUAAGGGCAGAGCAUCAAUUCCCGACUACAUAAAGGCUGAGCUGUUGCAAAGAAUUCGAGCUUAUCUUGUUCAAGCUGCAGUUUGAUACAAUUGCUACGAAUGCUGUGUGGUAAGAAAGUCAGAAAAAUUAAUAGAAUGGAAGCAUAGUUUAGCAUCAUUACAAGUUAUAUUGAGGAGUGGAGGUAACUGUGUUUUACUUUUAGGACACAUUGCAGCUUGAAAAACCAAGAUGUGAAAAAUCAUGUCGGAAAUUCAGUGCGGCAUAUGUAUCAUAUAAUGUUUCUCAACAAAUUUACUUUCCGUUUCUGUAGCUGUUCUGUUCCGGUUUGGUACUCAUUUCAGCUGCCAUCUCUACAAGUGGGAGAAAGUUCCUGAAUUUGUCUGACAAAAUUUAUGAUAACCUCUAUUGAUUC